UGCCACUUACUUCAUUGCCUUGACUUUUGUUAUAUAGACGUUGUCAUUUUGACAUUUAAUUGACAGGAUAAUAUUAUUUGUAAAUGAGUAGAAGUCUACAUGAAUUAAAACAAAACUCAAAAUAAACCUUAUUUUAUUAGAAUAAGCACUAACAGAGAAUUCCCCUAGACAAGUCAAGGCAGUUUAAUAUAAAACUUCGAGUGUCAAAAUUUAUUGUGGCUCUUAAAUAUUUAUCAUUAGAUAAGAUUCAGUUAUGAUUCAUAAUGUUAUCAUAAUUUUGGUUUUCUAACGCCUAUAAAUUUCUAUUAAGUGAAUAAUUAAGUCUCUAACAAUGAAGUACUCACAGUUGACUAUAAAUGGCCAGCAUUACAAUAAUACCCAUUUUACAAUUGGUUUAAGUCUUGCAAUUUCGUCAAGUGUAUUUAUAGGCGCUAGUUUCAUAAUUAAAAAAGUUGCUUUAAGAAAACUUCAAGCUUCAGGAAACGUAAGAGCAUCGGCAGGCGGAUUCGCCUAUUUGAAGCAAUGGCUGUGGUGGCUUGGCUUUAUAACAAUGGGUAUUGGAGAAGCUGCCAAUCUUCUGGCAUAUGCAUUUGCUCCUGCUGCUCUGGUAACACCUCUAGGUGCACUCAGUGUUCUUGUUGCAGCAGUGUUGUCUUCACGAUUUCUGAAAGAAAAACUUAAUUUUAUAGGAAAAAUUGGAUGUUUCCUAUGUGUUAUUGGAUCAGUGAUAUUUGUGAUACAUUCACCAAAAUCAGAAGAAAUUACAACCUUUAGUGAGUUAGUUGAAAAACUUAUUGAUUAUUUAUUUUUAUCUUAUGUGGGGACAAUUUUGUUAAUGGGUUUAAUAAUUAAACUAGUCUUCAUACCAAGGUUUGGAAAUACUAAUGUGAUGGUAUAUUUAUUACUUUGUUCUUCAACUGGUAGUCUCACUGUAGUAUUUUGCAAAGGUGUAGCUUUAGGUGUAAGAGAAAGUUUUUCAGGAAAUGUUAACAAUUUUACUAACUAUAUUUUCUGGUUACUGUUUAUAACUGCUGUUUUUUGUAUAAUGAUUCAGAUGAAUUAUUUGAAUAAGUCCCUUGACAUUUUCAAUACCAGUGUUGUUACUCCUGUCUACUAUGUCAUGUUUACUCUUCUAGUUAUUAUUGCAUCUGGAAUACUUUUUAAAGAAUGGGACCAUAUGAACAUUCCUGACAUUGUAGGAUGUGUAUGUGGCUUUUUGAUUGUGAUCACAGCAGUAUUUAUGUUAAAUGCAUUUAAAGAUGUGAAAAUUGCAUUUAAAGAUUUAAACCUCAAUGCACGACACAGAAGAAGUGCAAUAAAUUUACAUGUUGAAGAGAGAGGGCCUGAGAACUAUGGAUUAAGCUCACGGAUGAGGCAUUUGUAACACAAAUAACUUAAUAUAGAAUAAUCAUCAUAGGAGAAAUGGUCUCAUUCAACACCUGUGUCAAAAUUGAUUUAUUUUGAUGGAAUUCUCAGUAGAAGUAGAAGUAAACCAGUGCUCUGAUUUAGAUAUGAUAGCUAUUAUCACAUACAAUAUAAUAGUCUUGUAUUAAGAGACAUUUAAAAACUCAAUUAUGUUAAGUAACAUAAUUAUAUAAUAGGGUUUAAUAACAAUCCCUUUAUUAAAAACAAGGUAAGGAGUGUAAGUAAUUGUGUAGGAAUGAUGUAUUGCAUUGUGUAUAAAAGUGACAAAGGCUCAUAAUUUAGACUGAGACCAUGCCUAAUUUAUGAUAUAUCUUAACAUAGCAUCAACUGCUACUUUUAUCUAAUCUCAACGAAAAUGUAAAUUUAGCAAGUUUAUAAUACCUACUUGUUGUUUUAUUAUACUUAUCAUGAGUGCAUAUUUUUAGUAUUGUGCAAGUGAGAAUAAUAGGAUACUCAAUUUCAUUUUUACUAAGGAUUUUUUACAAGUAAAAGAUUAGUUGUUUGUAUUAAAUGUAAAUAAAACGGUACAUAAAAUCUUUCUAACUUUCUGAUAUUGUAACUAUGUCUGAGUGGGUAAACUACUUAUGAGUAAUUUAUUACCCACUUAAAUUUAACAAUUGGUUGUACAAUUGAUGAUUUUGGUGAUGUGAUUUUAUUUACUUCUUUUAACCAAAAUUCUUCAGUCGAGUAGUAUGUAAGGUCAAUAAGAUAAUCAAUAGGGUCAAUAAGAUAAUUUAACCAUUAUAAAUAAAAUUAUUUAUUUUUCUGA